AUGCCUGCGUGUCAUGGGUGCCGAGUGCGCAAGGUCAAAUGUGACGACGGGCAGCCCUGCUCCCCAUGCCGGCAGUUCGACGUCCAGUGCGUUAGGUCCACGGGGCCGAGGAAGCGCAAGAACCCGCAGCGAGGCCGACUGGUGGCCCAGAUCAGGGGGGAGAAUCCCCUGCCGUCAUCGCCGACGUCCUCCGUGUCCCCAUCUUCCACGGCCGUCCAGCCCCCGACAUCGGGCCAUGAUUGGGCCGGAAAUGAUAGCAGUCCCGGGUCGCACUCGGGCCCGGCGUCCGAGGUCUACACGCCGGCCUUCUUCACCGCCCUACUACCAGAGUUUGAGAAGGUCGUCUACCCUUUCAGCCCCGCUGUCACUCCCGAGGACAUGGUCGCCGCUAUUUCCAUGAUGCACAGUAGUUCCGAGGACGCCGCCUUGGUCUACGCCUAUGGAGCCGUCACAACGUUUCUUUCUCAAACGGCAGACCACACGCAUGGGAGUGUGGCAGCGCAAAUAAACGACCUCAUUUACCAUGGCCUGGAAGCACAUCAUCGAGCUGGACUGGGCACACAUGUCACUGGGCGCUUAGAUGAAUUCCUGCCUGUGAGUAUCAAGCGCAUCAUGACAUGCAUCUACCUGGAGAUCGCCACCAUGGGCCUCAGCCGUCUCGACCGCAGCUUCAACUUUAUCCGCGAGGCCAUUGCAAUGGUCCAGACACUAGAGAUGCAUCAGCGGGACAUGCGGGACUCAAGUCAGCUGCCCUACGACCCAGUACGCUUUCAGCAAGUCUACUGGGAAGCUUAUAUCCAUGAGCGAUUCCUUGGCAUCUCUGGAUACCCAUGUAUUCUUCCUCCACUCCGGACAGGUCUUUCAACAUCAGACAGUUGCACGCCGGAACACAUCCGGGCCGGCUUCAAUUGCUUGAUAGAUCUCUUUCUGAUACUGGACGAGACAUUCCUCUCGUAUUGGCAAUCACAACGAGGGGCGAUAGGUGGACUUACGGUGCAAUGGAUCGAGAGCAAGCAGGUUCAGCUUGAUCAAGCUGAGAUGAACGCAGCAACCGCCGAGGCAAAGCUUAGCGGCUCUGGACAGCCUGGCUUCACAGAGCUACAACGGGCAGACCUGUUCAUCACCAGACUUUGGCUACGGACUUUACUCUGGCAACUCGCCCUCUCGCAGGGGCUGCUCCGGUCAGGGCCGUCAGAUAUGACACAUGAAGGACUAUCGCUGCAAUUCCCGGCAUCACGGCUGUCGAUCCAACUUCGAAACCUGGUCAGCCGGCUAAAUAGCAUCGUAAGUAUAGCGACACAAGGCAGCGGCAUCAUGCAGAAACUCUUUGAGAUUGCGAGUACCAUCGCCGACGUGCUUGCGCUACCGGCGUCAUCACACGACGAGUCAGAGGGCGGAUUCAAGUCACACGUCAAAGACUUUCUUUACGUGGUGAACUUUCUGCUCAACCUGGAUGGGAUGCGGGAGAAUCAGAGGGAGUACCUCCGAGAAAAGUAUGGCAUGCUACAACCGUUGCAUGAGAGGGAUGAGGUGGGCGGUGGUGGUGUGCUACCUCCUGUGGAGGAGGCGGGGAGGCUAUGUUGA